AGAGAAGCAGCUCCUCAGUCAUCAGAAUGAAGAAAAACUGUGAUCUCUUCCACAUUUUAACUGUAGCAUGGUUUGAGUAUUUCAGAAACUGCUGAUCUCCUGGGAUUUCCACACAUCAACAAGGAUCUCUCUCAUCAACAAGGUGUUUCAGCCUGCAGACCCUCUGCUCACUCAGUGUUUUUUUGUUUUUUCACACUCAAGAGACUGUUGUGUGUUUAGUGGUUAGCACUUUCACCUCACACCUCCAGGGUCAGGGGUUUGAUUCCCACCGGGGCCCUGUGUGUGUGUGUGUGGAGUUUGCAUGUUCUCCCCGUGCUGCGGGGGUUUUCUCCGGGUACUCCGGUUUCCUCCCCCAGUCCAAACACAUGCAUGGUAGGCUGAUUGACAUGUCCAAAGUGUCCGUAGUGUAUGAAUGUGUAUGUGAUUGUGCCCUGCGAUGGACUGGCACCCUGUCCAGGGUGUACCCCGCUCCCUGGGAUAGGCUCCAGGUUUCCCCGUGACCCUGAAAAGGAUAAAGCGGUAUAGAAGAUGUAUGGAUGGAUGCAUAAUAAUUAACACCUCACACCCAGCCCAUCUGGUAGCCACAUGGUUAAGAUCACACUUUUUCUUCACUCUGAUGUUUGACGUGAACAUUCCCUGAAGGUCUUGACCUGUAUCUGCAUGCUUUUAUGCGCUGUUCUGCUGCCACAUGCCUGGCAGGUGUUUUUUAAGUGUUCCUAAUAAAGUGGGUAUAUGGGAAAGUGCUAAGCGGCACCGCAGUCGUGACAUCACGCACAUACUGUACCACAUCAGCCGUCUCAUCAGUUUGAACACAAACACGUGAAGCCUGGCUGCUUGAUGUGGACCGGAAAUGCACAUGAUUGUCACCGCACACGAGCAAACACAAAGUAGACGGAGCGCACGAGCGGAAUUGUUUUUUUGUUUGUUGGGGGUUUUUUUUUUUUUUUAAACAAAGUGGAGAAGAGAAAAGAAGGCGGGGCAGAACAGCCUCGCCUACUGGGUGGUCGCGAAAUUGGUUAAGAGUUCCUGCGUGCAAGUGAUGGCCCACUGUGGUGGGGAGCUCGUGCGCGUUCGGUGCUGCUCCACUUUGUCGCUCGUGACGAAGGGAAAGGCCUAGAGGGAGAAGGUAGUGAUGAGGUAGAGACAGCGCGAGACUGAUGCUUGUUUUUAAAGUGCACUCCUGCCUCUCUCUCUCUCUCUCUCUCUCGUGCUCUCUCCUCGUCUCCUGCCGCAGUCACUUUGAAACUUUGGGAAACUAAACAUGGAGCUGUUUUGCCACGAAAAGGAAGGAGUCGUCAGGGCUCUGGUAGACCCCACCAUUUUCAGCGACGACAGAGUGCUGCAGAGUUUACUGACAAUCGAGGACAUGUUUCUCCCACAAGCCCCGUAUUUUCAGCGCGUGCAGAAAGACCUGCAGCCCUACAUGAGGCGGGUAGUCGCUACUUGGAUGUUGGAGGUUUGUGAAGAAGAGGACUGUGAGCAAGAAGUUUUCCUUUUGGCUGUCAAUUACCUGGACCGGUAUCUUUCUGUAGUGCCAACGAAAAAGUCGUGUUUGCAGCUCCUCGGUGCCGUGUGCCUCUUCCUGGCGUCCAAACUGAAAUCGUACCAGCCGUUAUCUGCGAAAAAACUCUGCCUUUACACGGAGAACUCCGUCACAUGUCAGGAGCUGCUGAACUGGGAGCUGAUGGUUCUGGGAAAAUUGAAGUGGAACCUGGCAGCUGUUACACCUCACGACUUCAUAGAGCAUAUCCUACGCAAGCUACCCUUACCUGAGGACCGAGUGGAGCUGAUUCGAAAACAUGCGCAGACUUUCAUUGCCCUUUGUGCCACAGAUCACAGCUUUGUGAUGUACACUCCCUCGAUGAUCGCCACAGGGAGCAUCGGUGCAGCGGUGUGCGGACUCCAGAUCAACCGUACGGAGAGCAGUGUCUGGGGGGAGAGCACGACUGAACUGCUGGCCAAAAUCACCCACAUUGAAGUAGAAUGUCUGAAGUCAUGUCAGGAGAAGAUCGAGCAAUUGCUGGCUAGCAGCCUCCGACAAAGCCAGCAGCACAAGCAUCAGAAGGGCAGGGCCAUCAACAAAGAGGCGGAGCCUCAGAGCCAGUCAUGCACCCCGACAGACGUGCGCGACAUCAAUUUAUGAUGUCAUUUCUUCCCCACACCCAGCAGAAUUCCUUAAUCGGGGAGGAAAAAGCAAUUACUGUUAUUAUAUACAAUAUAUAUUAUAUAUAUAUAUAAAACUUAAAAAUCUAUAAUAUAUUCAGACAGCUAAACGGCACAGAAUUUAAUGCGGUAUCAGAAGUACACAAAUGACCAGUGAAACAAUAUUUCAGAAAUGAAUGGUUUAAAAAAAAAAAAAAAAAAAAAAAAAAAAAGUAGAAAAAAUGUAUGCCUAAGGCUUACGUACAUGUAUGUAUACUUGAAAAACUAAAAUUGCUAUUAUUAUCUGUAAUUAUUAUUAUUAGUAGUAGUAGUAGUAGUAGUAUUGUUUAUUAUUAUUAUUAUUAUUAUUAUUAUUAUUAUUAUUAUUAUUAUUAUUUAUGUGUUACUCCGCACUAGUUAGUGUCACAGUGAUUUUAAUUUGUGACUAUUUUUAUUUCUCAGAGGGAGCUGCGGAUUGUGAAGGCUAGCUGCGUUUGAAAGAACAGGAAAGCCGCACUCCUCUGAGUGUUGGUCCAGGAAAACAAUUUUUUCCAGCCAAAGACCGAAACAGCCUCCAUAACGGCAGUAUCCCUGUGAAUGGAGGACUGGGCACCGCAGAGCAGGAAGGUGUCUGAGAAAUCAACACGGAAGUCGUUUUGUAGUUUGCAGGCACAUUUUUAUCGCGGAAGCGAAGAAACGAGCAGGCUGCGUGACCGCUAGUCACACGGCACUUGAUAAAUUUGCUUUGCCUCGUUGCAGGUUUGGAGGUUUGACUUUCACGAGGCCGGUUUAUAAUCGACUGGGAUUAGUGUUGUGAUCGCACGCAGGGUCAGGAUCGCACGCUUCUGUCGGACUCCUGUAAGUCGAGGACGUAGCGAGAAAAGAGCGCGCGAGUGACGAGAAAGGAAAGGCAAGUCGGGGAAUGUGAGGUUGCGGAAGAUGCAGUAGCGGUAUCGCGAGUAAGAAGUUUCUGUCAAUAUUAGGACAUGAGCACCUUUAUGCAAUAUCUAACCUGUAGAAGUGAAUUUAUUUAAAAUGAUUUGGGGGGGGUAUUGUCGUUACCUUUUGUCAAACCUCACAGUAUGUGAUGGAGUAAUUUAGCUUAUGUUUUCUGACAUUUUUACGGAUUUCCUCAAAGCAAAAACCAAUUGAAUGCACUUUUUCCAUUAUUCCAGAAUUAUUAUGGUGUAUAAGCAGACGAAUAGAGGCUUUUUUUUUUUUCUAAUAAUUUUGUUUGUUUGUUUGUUUGUUUUUGGGGUUUUUUUUUUUUUUUAAGUUAUUGUCUAUUCUGGGGCUGGUUUCCCACUGUGUUAGGUAUACUUGCAGGGUUUACUGGUAAGCAUUAACCAACGGUGUAGCAGAAAGAAUAUUGCCGGCUGCUUACUGGACUCCAUCAUAGCAAUCGGAAAGUUAUGCUAAAAAUUACAUUUUUUUUUUUUUUUUUUUUUAAUUAUUAUUUUCUUUCUUUUUUUUUUCCGGCAAGUAUUUGCACCGUGCAAGUUUAGAUAGCAUAUUAUUAAAUUAAUCUAUUAGACUUUGGAAUGGUUUUUUUAUUGCUGUUGCUGUCGUAACAGCUCAUUAUUUUUAAAGUAUAUACUUGAAUUUCACUCUUGCUGACUCACUUCAAAACUGUGCAUAAGCGUUCACUUCCUUAAAAAAAAAACAAAAAAAAAAAAAACGAAGGUUUAUUAAGAAAGAUGCAGAUUUGACUAUACUGCCAUAUGACGAUGCAAUGCACUGAUGUGUUGUUUUACAUCAACUUACUAAGUUCGAUACAUUCCAGUAUAUUGCAUUAUGUAUGGGCUACUGUACUGUUGUGAGACCAUAUCAAAUUUCUAUUGGCUUUUUUUUUUUUUUUUUUAAAUCUUGUAUCAUUUUUGUUUUCCUUUAAUUAGAUUCUCUCUGAACAUUCAUCAGUAUGCUGCUAAAAGGAAAAAGAGCUUUUUUCGUCGUUGUCUUGUACCGAUGGCAUUGUUUGCCUACGUUCCACUUUGUGUGCUGCUACGUUUACUACAUGAUUAUUUUUGUAUGCUAGUAUGUGUCUUAGCUUUGUUUUUAAGGACCUACUGGAGUGGAAAGCGAAGCAGGGCGGCUUGCUCUUGUGCAGCUGGUGUGAGUGCUCAGCGUCCCUUUGCAUGCCUUUCGUUACCUUUCGAUCUGUUGCAGUCGUGUUACUGCUAUCAAUUUCUCUUCUGCUUCUUGGCAUUAAAAAAAAAAAAGAAAGUCAUGCUUGCUGCUUCAGUACGUUUAGUUGUGGAAGUGUAUCAGGGAGCUCGUGCUGCCAACUUAGACAUUUGAAUAUUUAAGGGUGGAUAUUGUAACGUUCCUCUGUUUCAAAGACUUGAUGUCGAGGACUAUUCACGUUCCAGUGCAGAUCUGGUGCUUCAUGCGCAACAGGAGCAAUACAUUCCUUUUUAUUUAUUUAUUUUUAUUUUUUUCCAAAAAAAAAAUUUGUGCUAAAUGAUGUUUUACUUCAAUUGCCUUCACAUGCAAUUUAUACCAAAGACGAGUGUAUUUUUAUUUUUAUUUUAUUUUAUUUUAUUUUAUUUUACCUUUUGUUAUGAACUUGAGUUAAUGCCUAUUCCAAACCUUCUCUCCCAACAUUAUCUGUGUCAGUUGGUGCCAAAGUACUUCUUUCACUUAAAGAUUUAAAAAAAAAAAAAAAAAAAAAAAAAAAGUUUUCUCUACUUUAGGUUUGUCCACAUUCCAGUCUAUAUCUAGUGAUAAAUGUGUGACGUGGGCAAUAGUUAAUAACUAUAUAUAUUUUAUAUAUAUAUAUAGACCUUUUGAUGUCUUACAUGUAUUGGUUGCUUAAAUUAAAUGCUACAAUAUACAUCAAAGACCAAAGGCUUAGGAUGUAACUAGAUUUGUCUUGUGUUUUUUUUUUUUGUUUUUUUGUUUUUUUUUAAUUUGGAGUUAUACCCUGGUUAUAAACUUGAGUAUGAGAUUGGUAACUGUUCCACAUUCUCCUCUGUUCAAUAAAGUUAAACAGGACACUUUG